GCCCUCCGAAUUAUCCCCUCCAUCAUAAACAGCUUAUUUAUAAAAAAUGGCAAAUGUUUAAAAUGCCUCACGUUAGUAAAGAGGUACCGUCCAUUGGAUUAGGGAGGCCGGGGCUGUUUCAAAGCCUAGCUCGGUUAAUUCACUUGAGCCGAGACGGGCAUACGGACCGGACUAUCUGUUUUUGUUGGGUCUCUUAUGAAGCGAUGGAAAUACCAUCUCUUGUCAAACGCAGACAUAAAGAAGUUUCUAGAUUUCAACCAUCGUAUAAAUAUCGCCUCGCCACGGCGAGGAGGCGCUGUAGAAAAGUCUCCCCUGAAUUAGUGAUAGGCGGAGAAUGGAAGCCUCCCCCGCACUUCGUGCAUACGCCUAUCGGGCAACCCCUCUAGUUGUGACGCCUCUUAACGCUUUUGUAGUUCACUGGUGACGACAGACUUCUACUGCCCUUUCUCUCUCUCGUGAAAGUUGUAUACCACUCGCUGUAGGACCCAAUGUCGGAAACAGUAGAUGUAUUAAUCUGUGGUGGUGGCUCCGCCGGUCUUUCCGCCGGCGUCUGGCUCGCGCGCUGUGGCGUCUCCUUCAAGAUCCUAGAGAAGCGCGAUGGGGCUCUCGAGACCGGUCAAGCGGACGGUGUGCAAUGCCGGACUGUUGAGAUAUUUGAAAGUUUCGGGCUCGCGGAGACGCUGCUCAAGGAGGCCUACCAUGCCAUGGAGAUCGCUUUUUGGGCUCCUGUUACCGAUGACAGUGGACGAGGAAUCAGACGGACUAACUAUACGGCUGAUACAGAGCCCGGGCUAAGCCACUUGCCACAUGUGCUCCUGAGCCAGGCUAGAAUUAAUGAACUAUUGACUAUCGAGAUGGAGAGGGUGGCAGGAAGGCCAUGUGUAGAGUACAGCUGCGAGGUUCAGGGGCUGGAGGUUGAUAGUGAGAGCGCAAAGGACUCUAACGCAUAUCCCGUUACCGUGAAAGCAUUGAAAGACGGAGCAGAGAAAAGUUAUCGCGCUAAAUACGUCCUGGGCAGCGACGGAGCUCAUAGCGUGAUCCGAAAGUCGCUCGGGUUCAAGAUGAUCGGAGACUCGAGCGAUGCAGUCUGGGGCGUGAUGGACAUCUACCCGCGAACGAACUUCCCCGAUAUCCGCAAGAAGGCCGUCAUUAACUCGGAGGCCGGUAAUUUGAUGAUCAUACCGCGUGAAGGAGACUUCCUAGCUCGUUUCUACAUCGAGUUGGAAGACGUCGUCGCGAAGGAUGUUACUCUCGAGGAACUGCACACCCAAGCCCGUCUGAUCUUCCAGCCCUACAGCCUGGAAGUCGCAGAGACGGUCUGGUGGUCGGCAUAUGCGAUUGGCCAACGCCUCGCCGACCAUUUCCACAAGGAUUACCGAGUUUUCUUGAGCGGCGACGCAUGCCACACUCACUCCCCUAAAGCGGGUCAGGGGAUGAACGUAAGUCUUCAGGACGGUUACAAUAUAGGUUGGAAACUGGCGACCGUGCUUCGAGGACAAGCAGGACCGGAACUUCUGGAAACGUACGUUUCGGAACGACAAAAGAUCGCUGCCGAACUGAUCGAGUUUGACCGGAACUGGACGAAAUUCUUCUCAUCUACGUAUCGCCAAGAACAUGGUAUUACUCCAGAAGAUGUUCAAAAACAGUUCGCGCUGGCUGGCCGAUAUACCGCGGGCCAGGCUAUUCAUUACGAGGACUCGAUAAUUGUUGACGCAAGAAUGAGUCAGCCGGGGAUUGCUACUGGCUUGACCGUCGGCAUGAGGUUUCCUAGUGCCCAAGUAAUCCGAUUAGCUGAUGCCCGCGCGAUACAGUUAGUCCAAGCCUUGACAACUGAUUCCAGGUGGCACGUCGUCGCAUUUGCUGGGAAUGUCAGCUCAGAGAAUUUAGUUCCGCUGCAAGAUCUUUCAUUACGCCUAGGGAAGGUUGUUGAUGCCUUUACCCCCGUAGACGUCGAUCGCGACACUAUCAUAAACCCCAUCCUCGUCCUUUCGUCGAAGCGUACAGAGGUCGAGCAGAAUUGGAUCCCGGAUACCUUUACCCCUGUCGUGAGCAAGUGGAAGAUAAAAUCCCUCUUCAAGGUCUUCGUCGAUGACGAAGGUUAUAACGCAGCUCAUGGGCAUGCGUACGAGAAGUACGGAGUGGAUCCAAAAAGGGGCGCUCUGGUCAUCGUUCGGCCAGACCAAUGAUUCUUCAAUAAUUUCAUGAAACGGGCAAAACAUUGAAUCAAGCAAUUUUGACGUAUUGUGAAGGUUUCGGUCAGCUACUUAUCCGACAAUUAGAUAAGCAAUAUAUUAGUGCUGUAUUGGUUAAUUAGCGUCAAGCUAAGACCCAAGCCAACCUUCCAAAUUCAUGGAGCGAUCUAUUCCACUAGGCUCUAGUGUAUAAUCGCUACAGCUCGGGGGUCUCAACCACCAAAGAAAAGCGACUUGCGGUGCGGA